UUAUUUAAUUGAAACCAAAGCCAAAUGAAAAUAAAGGAAUUAAGUUCCACUUUUCCAAUAAUUUAUAUUAAUUUACAACUAUAUUGGAUAAUCUAUGACUACAUCCAGACACACCCCUCUGUGAUGGAAAACAGUCUACUGCUGAUACAACAGAAACUAAUAAUUCAAAAAAGUGUCUGUAAUAUGAAUAUAUAUGAUUUCAAUUUGAUGCAAACACUUAGUUUUACAAGCAAAAGGAGUAGAGAUUAAGUGAGUAUUGAUUGAGUAAAAUAUGUAUUUGAAAAAAAAAAUGAAAUUGUAUAAUACAAGUAAUAAUGAAAGCAUAUUAUUUUAAAAUUUUAUAUUUGUAUUUUUUUAAUUAUGAUUACUAGAAGUUGUUAAUGUGAUAAAUUUUUUCCUUUCAGAUUUUCAUAUCCAGUGAAUAAUGAAAACAUCAGUGUGAUAAUUUUAAUUGUUGAAAUAUUUCAUUCAGUAUGAUAGAUCAUAGAUAAGUGAAUUUUUGUGCAGGAAAUGCACAGAAUUUUUCUUUUACACUUUUAUCCCUCAGUGGGAAUUAUUUUUACUUAAUACCCAUAUCUAAAGUAAAAUUUUUAAUUAUAAACAUUAUAUUCAGCCUAUUUUUAUAUUUAUUUGUAGCUUAUCACUUCUUAGUUUUGCCCAAUAAUAAUUUAUAAAAAAAUUUUGUAAAUUUUUCUAUGAAAAUAUAUUCGCAUUGUGUUAAUCAUGGCUACUGAAGAACCUCAGCAACAAGUACCAGAGAGUCGUCCUGUAACUCAAUUAGAAUUUCAUCAAGCAAUGCAAGAUUUUAAGACUAUGUUUCCAGAAAUGGAUGAAGAUGUAAUUGAAGUAGUUUUACGAGCUAAUAAUGGUGCUGUUGAUUCUACCAUUGAUCAGUUGCUUGCAAUGAGCACUGAUAAUGAAAAUGAACGUUUAAGAGCAGAACUUGAUGCUACUGAAAACGAUGAGUUGCCACCAUGCUAUUCACCUGCAACCCCACCACCGUCCUAUCACCAAGCAGUGCCAUAUGUUCAAAGUCCUGCUCAUUCCCCAGCACCUACUAUAAUAAAUUCUUCUCCUGAAAUAAGACACACUAUCCCACAAUCCCCACAUCAGUUAAUAGACAUACCUCAGAGAGCUAGACAAACUAAUGAAUUGCCGUCUGUUGCUGCCCAUGUAAGACAAAAUUCUUCUAAUACUGCAUCUUCAGAAAAUAAUUUACAAUCUGAAGAUACAUCUGUAAAAACUCCAUGCAGUACGGGGACAAAUAAUAUUCCUCUUCGCACUGUAAAAAGUUGGCUACCACCACUUCUUGGUGCCCUUCCAGAUACAUUUCUCAGGCUAGAAGAAACAGACCGAGAACCUAAUAGGACACUACAAUCUCGUUUAGAGAGUGUUACAGUUCUCAGUUCAGCAAUGCUUCAACAACGAAUGGAAGAAAAUGAACGUCAGCGGCGAAGUACAAGUGGAGCUGAUGAUCCUGAGUUAGCUCAAUAUUUAGAAGAUGAACGUAUAGCUCUUUUCUUGCAGAAUGAAGAAUUCAUGCAAGAACUUCGCCAUAAUAAGGAAUUUAUGUCCACUCUUGAGAGAGAUGCCAGUCCUCAUCAUCAAGUUUCCAAUAAUUUACUACCAGCAGAAAAUGCUGCUCUUUCUGAUGCAUCGUCUCAAGAAGAGGAGGAAGGUUCAAAUAUUCAGCCACUUAAAGAGAUUGAAUCUUUUCCUUAUACUAAAUCACUUCCACCUAGUGAAGAUUCAGAUGCUGCAUUUAGAGAAAAGUUGAAAAAUAUGGGGAAAUUAUCUCGGAAAAAGUUUGCUCAGUUGGCCAGAUUAUUUUCUCGCCGAAAAAGACGUACUUUCAGGCCUAUCUGUUGGAGAAAACAGAAUUUUUAGAAUCUCAAAAUAAUUCUUAUUAUUGUAAAAUCUCAUGUGAAAUUUAAAGGUGAAAUAUGUUAAACUUGUACAAUAUCAGUUGUCUUGGCAUGUUUUCUGUAUCACCUUCUUUCAAACAUUAUGAAAUACAAUAAACAUAUCCAUGGAUAAGAAGUUAAAAAAUACUCAUUAAUCAAGGUUAUGCAAACUUUGAUUAAAAAUUUCAUAAACUUUGUAUAACUGGAAAAGUAAAAUCAAAUUCUUAAACUAAUUCCAUUUCUUUGAAAGAAAUGUUGCUAUUCAAGAAUGAUAAGAGUUUCAAUUAAAAAUGACAGUACAAGUAGUCCCCAACUUACAAUAGUUUUAUUUCAAUAUUCCAGUCAUAAAUUAAACAAAAAAUGGUGGUUUCCAAAAUCAAUCAUAAGUCUAUAUAAUACUGCUUACAUAUGUAUUGUAUGCUGUAAUUAGAUGAUGACUCAUUUGUACACUUACUGGCUAUGUUAAUUUAGUUAUUUAUAUAAAGAUGAUAUUUUAAUUAAUUAAUUAUGGUAUUUUAUUAACAUUCACCCACACACACACAAGUAAUUAAGUAUAGUCAAAGGUUUCAAAAGUCCUAGUGAGAGAUAUGGCAGUUUUAAUAUGGACUGUAAUUCUAUUUUUAUUUAUUUCUUUAAUUUAUUAUUGAUUCACUUUAACUUUAUUACAGAAGUAAAAUUAGCAUGAUGAUAGCUUCAUUUUUGCUUUUGAAGUACUAAUGGUAUAAAUCUGAGUGAUAGUUAAACAUGAAUAAACUUAUCAGUUAAUGUUAUAUACAGUAGAUUGUGUUUAUUACGCAUAAUAGUAUUACAUUUAGCAUUUAAUUGUUGUAAUGUGACUUUAGUAACUAACCAAUUGUCCAGACACAAAAGCAAUGUUUUUAAAUACAUUUUGACAGUUAUAAGUUGGGGACUGACUGUAAUUAUUCAAUAUGAAACUUCUUUUAAAAUAAUCAUUUUUAUUUUUAAAAAAGUUUUAGCAGAAAAUUUUGAUUACAGGGUUGUCAUAUUGUUUUUAAGAUUUUAUCUACUUAUACUAUGAAUCUCUACUCAGUUUAUGUCUGACUACUAAGAGUUAUUUAGUAUGAUAAAUAAUACUUUCUGCACUUCUUUUACAGCAAUUCAUUGAUAUAUUUUUGUCAUUAUGGGAAAAUAAAUUGUCACUGGAUUACUAGAAUUGUUAAAUAAUAUAUUAGUAGUAGUAAUAAUAAUUACACCA